AUGGCCGGCGGUCUCGUCAAAUACCGGCAUCUCAGCCGAAACUCAUCCGCCCGCAAAGCUCUGCUGCGAGGCCUGGUCACCCAGCUCGUGCAGUACGAGCACAUCCAGACGACACAUGCAAAGGCAAAAGAGGCCCAGAGACUGGCAGAGAAGCUAAUUACUCUAGCCAAGAAGAACAACGAGCCCUGUAGGAGAUCAGCGCAGGCAAUUCUUUAUAUGAUGAAGCUAACCGAAUCGCUAAAGACGCCCCAUGUUCUUCUGCCCAAACUCUUUGGCGAAAUUCGAAACAGAUAUCUUACCCGAGAAGGCGGCUACACCCGUGUUGUCCGCACCGAACCGAAGAACACAUACGACCAAGGCGAGAGCUCCAUCCUCGAAUUUGUCGACGGCCCCAAGGACUCACGUUUCAUGAUGACGGCCAAGACAAUAGCAAGAGAUCGCCUCCUGGGACAGGAAUCCACCCCCGUGACGGCGCAGAAUAUCAAGAAAGUAACACAGUUUCGGGGAGAAAAGGACCUCGAAGACAUGGUUCAGCGAUUUCUGGCCUUGCAAACGUCUGAUGCGGCUGCUGCGGAGGAGGGACAUAGUGUGGAGGCGGCACGGAUCGCGGGCGAGGAAUGUUCCAAAGCACAGGCACUUGCUGCAGAGGUGAAGACUCAAAAGAAGGAAGCCAAGAGUUAG